AUAGAACGGGCUAUUGAAGAUUCUGAUUUGAGACGUGGGGGCAAGCAAGCUAAUGAUUCUUAUUAUUUCCUGGGGGAAACCAUCUUCUUCCAAAUUCUUCUUCUUCUUCUUCUCCGGGAAGAGCUUUAAAAUUAGAAGAGCCACCGUUGACUCUCAUCGGGUUUAAUUCUAUCGGAAUCUCUGCGAUCAUCAUGUCGUCGAAGGCGAGUAGCAGCCGUGGUGGAGAGAGUAUCGUCGCUGAUUGUGGGCGCAAUACAUCCACUUGCGGCUACUGUAAAUCCCCUACCAGCUCCAGCAUCUCUCACGGUUUAUGGACAGAGAGACUCACUGUUCAUGAUUACCAAGCUCUUCUUGACCGUGGAUGGAGACGGUCUGGCUGCUACCUUUACAAACCUGAGAUGGCUAAAACUUGUUGCCCUUCUUACACUAUCCGCUUGAGAGCAAAUGAUUUUGUUCCCUCUAAGGAGCAGCAGCGAGUGCGUAGAAGACUAGAAAGGUUCUUGGACGGUGAGCUAGAUCUGAAGCCUAGAGAGCAAACAGAAGAUCCAGAUGUGGAAGUUUCAGAGCCGGUGAGAAAGUUACUUGGUUCUGGUAAAAGAGAACAAAACAAUGAAGUGGAACCAAUCAUGAAAGAUUUGUCUGAACAAAUUGAUAACGCGGUACAAAGAUGCAUACAGAGCGGGGAGUUUCCUUCUAAUAUUCAGAUUCCAAAAUCUUCGGUGAAGAAAGUCCUCUCUGCCAAAAGGAAGAAGCUAGCCGAAGGGUCAGAAGAGCUCUUGUACACCAGCAACAUUGCUUUUCCAAUUGUAGCUGCACUUAAACAAACAUCUCAGAAAGGCGAGGGAAGAAACAAUGCAGAAGAAAACAGAUUAUCACCAGAGACUGUUUCUGAGAAGUUGUUAAGUGAAAUAAAGAAAGUAGGAGAGUUCCCUAGCUUGGCUAUCAAAGUCUGCAAAGGCCAUAUCAACUUCUUUUCAGCUACACAAGUCACUUCCUCAGAGAGAGAUCAAGGUGAAAGCCUCCCCUCUGCUACAACAACUACAAAGUCUUCUUCAAACAACCUUCAGGUAAGAAAGAAGAAGCUGGAGAUACAUUUGAAAAGGUCAAGUUUUGAUCCAGAGGAGUAUGAACUAUACAAACGUUAUCAACUGAGAGUUCAUAACGAUGAGCCAGAAAGCAUCUCAAAAACUUCGUACAAAAGGUUUUUGGUUGACACUCCGUUGAUCGAAGUUCUCCCUUCAAGUGAUGGUGAUGAUGAUGAAGAGGUUCCUCCUUGUGGCUUUGGUUCUUACCAUCAACAAUACAGAGUUGACGGACGUCUUAUAGCUGUGGGAGUAAUCGACAUUCUUCCCAAAUGUUUGUCUAGUAAAUACCUAUUCUGGGAUCCGGAAUUUGCUUCCUUGUCUCUUGGAAACUACUCUGCUCUCCAAGAGAUCGAUUGGGUGAAACAGAACCAAGCUCAUUGCUCUGCGCUUGAGUAUUACUAUCUUGGCUAUUACAUACAUUCUUGCAACAAGAUGAGAUAUAAAGCGGCGUAUCGUCCUUCCGAGCUUCUAUGUCCUCUCCGUUUCCAAUGGGUUCCAUUUGAAGUAGCUAAGCCUCUACUUGACAAAAAGCCGUAUUCUGUGUUGUCUGAUUUCACUAAAGCUUCUUUAUCACCUGCACCUCAAGCUUCUGAAACACUAGUGAAGUCCACGAGGGAACGGGAAGACAUGGAGAUGAACAACUCUGAUGAAGACUCAGAUUCUGAUUCUGGUGUUAACGGCAAUGACAUUGCCAAUAUACUUAUCAGUCUUAAUGGAGCUAGGCUUCGAUACAAGGAUUUAUUACGGAUCAUGAACAUGAGAGUUCGUAAACAAAUGGAAUCGAUGUUUAUCAGUUACCGGAAAGUUGUGGGAGCUGAGCUUUCGGAGAGAAUGGUGUAUGAACUACAGUAACACUAAGCUUACUCUUUUGUAACAUUAAUAACAGUGAUGCUAUAUCACUGAAUCUCAGAGCAGUCAUGUUUCUCCAUCUUGUCAUGUUUUCUCAGCAAAACAGAGUGAAACAAUUCACCCAAACUAUGAUUAUAGAAUGGAACUAUGCUUUUAACCAAA